AUGGGCUCUGGCGAGCAUUCCAACCCUGGUGAUCUGCCGUCCCCGCUGGCCCUAGCGGGCGCGAUCUUGGUCGUAUCGUCACUGGCAGUGGUCCAGGCACAACAUACUGUCACAGUCGAGAUCACAUCUUACCACGACGUCAAUGCUUGCAUGAACGUGUGCGCUGCACAACCCACGUUCGGAUCCAUGGGGCCGCCUCCACUGCAUCCUAAGCCCCAUCAUGGUCACGGCCAUCCAGGAAACCAGGGCCGCCCUCCUGUUCUUGAUCAGCACCAUCCCCAACACACUCCACAAGUCACUCUCACACUUCCUAUCUGUGAAAAGGAGGGCAAGAUCGAAACUAAGCCUGCUGCAUGCGACGACUGCCUGGAGACAGUCUUCUACUACGAGCCCACGGACCUCACAUACGUGACAAAAACCACAACGUUUGGCCACGGCCCGUACCCGACGAUUUCUACGAUUCUGCCCGAGGAAGACUGCCAUGUUUGCGAGGGCACAGUUGUCAUCUGCGAGCCUGCUUACAUCACAUCUUUCCCGGACCACCCUGAGACCCCCUGGGGAUUCGAAUAUGAAGGCGCCGUCACCACUAUACUGCCCGGUGCUAGUCCCGAUGGGCCUCGCAUCGCGAUUCCUGGUGCUCAUCCCAGUGACCCCUUGACUGUGGUCAUUGGCCCGCCUGGAUUCACAGACAGACUUCCCACGAUCACUGCCCCUGGCGCCAGUGCCAGUGCUGGUGCCCCCACGAGGACGCUGCUGCCAACCGGUAACAAUGGCGAGCCUCUUCCAGGCGCGUCGCCUGUCGUUGUCAUCGGCGAGGCUGUUGCUACUGGUGGGCUAGGGGCAGGCUCAGGCUUGCCUGUCGUAUCACUGCCAGGUGCCGAGGACGGCGAUUCAGCUGUCACUUUUCCUGGAAGCGGCCUUGGAGGUACCCCCUUCAUCUUGGCGGGUAGCCCAAGCGAGCUGGGCGUCAGCAACGACAGAGACUCGAAUCUAAUAAACAACAACAACAACAACAACGAAGGCGGCAACCCAGCUGCUGGCACUGAGCCCAAUGGCAAUGGAGACUCGGGCAGUGACAUCCCGGGAGCUGUCACCACGCUGCUCUCUGGCGCGGAUGAGAACGGACCUCGCAUCACCCUCGGUCCUAUCAACGUCGGAGAUCCAGCCACCGUUGUCAUUGGUACGCCUGGAUUCCAAGAUGCCAUCCCCACUGUCACGCUACCUGGUGUCUCGCCUGGUGCCACUGGCCCCAAGGUCACUCUACUUCCCUCUGGCAACGCUCAAGGCCCUGUCGCUAUUAUCGGAGACCUUGCGUCGAUCGACAGUGAUAGAGUAUUCAUUCCCGGCGCUGACGCCAAUGACGGCGAUUUCACCCUCCCUGCGGUCCCAUUCCGUGGCUCACCUCUGGUUGUUGCCGGUGACCCAAGUUGGCUGAACGAUUUCCCCGAUGGUCCCAACGUCGGACUUCUGAUUGAUACUGGCUCUGGCUCUGGCGCCGGAGGCGACCCUGGUGAUAACAGCCUGACCAGCACCGGCGGCGGUGGUGGUACGGGCACUGGCGACGAAGGUAACCUGGCGGGCAGCAGCGAAGAUACAGGAAUCAACACCAAUGACCCUUUGCCAGACACGGAUGGCGAUGGUGAACCUGACAUUGGCACUCCCAAUGGCCUUGAUCUGAAUAAUGAUGGCGUUGCAGAUGCUGGUCCUAGUGGAGGACCCGUUGCCCUCGACAACGACGGCGAUGGCAACCCUGACGCGCCUGCAUUCGGAGACCAGCUGCUGGACUCGGCUGUCCCACCCCCAGGAGAUGCUGGGUCCGAUGGAGGCAGUGGAGCCAGCACAGACCAAUCCCUUGAUUCUGCUACUGAUACAAACGGCGACAACGUUCCUGAUCCUGGCGCCGGCACUGGUGGUGGUUCUCAAGACACCAAUAGCGAUGGCGCCACCAACACAGAACUAGGCGCAGUGACUGGUGUCGGCGACCCAGAUGGCGAUGGCAUUGCCGAUCUCAACCUUGGAGAUGAGCUCGUAGCCGAGCUUCAAAGCGUCAACGACGAUGGGGGCCCAGACCUUGGUGUUGGUGGUGGUGGCACGGGCGAUGCUGCGUCAGACACCGAUGGCGAUGGGACACUCGAUUCCGCCGGCGCUGGGGACAGUGGGAGCGAUGUCGACUCGAGUGCUGGAGACAGUGGUACCGGAACUGAUACUACUACCGGUGACGAGCCGGACGCUGGUGUUGGAAACACCGACGAGACUGUUUCCAGUACCAGCAGUGGAGGCAGUGGAAGCGGUGCUGACUCUGGUGACGACUCUGGUGCUGGAGGCAGUGGAACGGAAUCUGAUACUGCUACCGGUGGUGAACUCGACGCUGGUGUUGGGAACGUCGACGGAACUUCCGGCCUGGAAACCGAACCUAGUGUCGAUGGCUCUGGUACAGGAGAUGGAGGUACCGGAGGUACUGGCACUGGGUCUGGUGGUGAUCCCCAAGUAGAAGCCGGGCUCAACGAUGGCGAUGGCGGUUCUGGAGGUACUGGCAGUGUGGAUGCGGAAAGUGACGGCUCUGGCGUGGGAGACUCUGGCACUGGCACUGGCACUGGCACUGGUAUCGACUCUGGCAUUGGCACCGACUCUGUCACUGGCAUCGACUCUGCUACUGGCACUGACUCUGGAUUGGGCACCGGCACUGGUGGCUCUGGGACAGUGUCAGGAGAUACAGACUCUGGAUCGGGCACUGGCUCAGGUGGCUCAGGCUCUGGCACUAGCACCGACUCUGGCACUGGCGCUGAUUCUGGAUCGGGCACUGGCCUAGGUGGCUCAGGCACUGGCACUGGCACCGACUCUGCUACUGACUCUGACUCUGGAUCGGGCACCGGCUCUGGUGGCUCUGGGACAUUGUCAGGAGAUAUAGGCUCUGGCUCGGGCACUGGCACAGGCGGCUCAGGCUCUGGGACAGUGUCAGGAGAUGCAGACUCUGGAUCGGGCACUGGCCUAGGUGGCUCAGGCACUGGCACUGGCACCGACUCUGCUACUGACUCUGACUCUGGCUCGGGCACCGGCACUGGUGGCUCUGGGACAGUGUCAGGAGAUGCGGACUCUGGAUCGGGCACUGGCACAGGCGGCUCAGGCUCUGGAUCGUU